GGAACUCGGUAUGCAUAUAAAUACAAGUAAUGCAGUAUAAACUUAAGCCGGUGUUAUUCACUGAAAGAUAGCAUUACUGUACAAGUACAGACAGCAAAUAGACAUCUGAAGAUGAAGCUGGCAGAUUUACUGUGCGUCACAGUCCUGGUUAGCUCCGGAGCAAGCUUUCCAUACGAGAGGAAGUCGGCGACUGGAAAAGAGAAGAAAGUUCAAUAUGCUGCAUGGGACGACGUGAAUGUGCUCGCCCACGGGCUCUUGCAGCUGGGACAGGGUCUAAAAGAGCAUGUGGACAAAAGCAAAAGCCACGUGCGAGACAUCUCCAUCAAGCUGAAGGUGUUUGACAGUACCGUCGCUGAGCUGGGCCAGUUAACGCAACGGCUCCAGGAAGACAGCGAAGUAUUGAAAAUGAAGGCGCAAAGUCUAGAACAGCGUGAAGGACAGAUCCUAAACAUAUCUUCCGAACUGCGAGAGAAGGUUGAAGAGCUGCUGAGAGACAGACAGACAAUCCAAGAGAAGAUGAGCAAACUGGAAGACAAGGUUGAUGGCAUGAUGCAGAGCAAGGGUACGGGACCACCUACUGGCAACUAUAGUGAUCCUCGGAUCAUUCAGUGGAUGCUUGAAGCACAAAAUCAUCGAAUUGAUGAACUUGUGGAACAGAUCAAGCAGCAGCAAGAAAAGCUGGAUAAACAAAACAUUCACCUACGAACCCUUCAGAGCCAGAUUCAAAUAAGAAAUGACCUGCCUUCUCUCAAACACAAGAAGGAUGAAAGUCAUCAAAACACAAGUGCUGAACAGCGUGACUCACCUAUUACAAUGGCCUCUAACUGUCACGACUUGUUCCUGAGAGGGGAAACUACUAGUGGACUGUACACUAUUCAACCAUCUGACUCGCAGCCCUUUGAGGUCUUCUGUGAAAUGACAUCUGAGAGUGGGUGGACAGUCGUCCAGAGACGCCAGGAUGGAUCUGUAGAUUUUGAUCAGCUGUGGGAGGCAUAUCAGACUGGCUUUGGAAGCCUCAGUGGUGAGUUUUGGCUGGGUCUGGAUAAAAUCCAUCAUGUGACCAAAGACAAAGACUAUGUCCUCCAAAUCCAAUUGGCUGACUGGAGAGAUGCGCAUCAGACCAUCAAGUACCUUUUCCGUUUGAAUGGGGAGGCAAACAACUAUUCUCUGCACAUCCUGAGCCCUGCUGGGUAUCUAGAGAGUGCCCUGGCAAGUGAAUCCUCCGGACUGCCCUUCUCCACUCGUGACAAAGACAACGACCGGAAGAAUGGCUUCAACUGUGCCAAUCAUCUCUCUGGUGGAUGGUGGUUCACCAACUGUGGCCAUUCCAACCUGAACGGCAGGUAUUUUGUCACCUCUACUCCUAAGCAGAAGCACCAACGGAAGCAAGGAGUGUUCUGGAAAACCUGGCAUGGCCGGUACUAUCCACUAAAGACCACAGUCAUGAUGAUCGCACCCGCUGAGAUUGAGAACAAGUCAUAAAGGGAUUUUCUUUCCCUCUGAUUCAACUAUGCAACAGACGUUAACCAGUGAUACUGGUAUUGUAUAUUAUUACACUAUGUGCCUUGCCAAAAUAAUUUCCUGGUGCUUGAAAGGCCUAACUCUCUUCAAUGAUUGCCUUCCAGUUUUCUAAUAUCUUUGUUGGAACAUAGAGAUGUUGUAUCAGGUUUGAUGUAUGAAUGGUGCUAUAUGGUGGGCAGCUUCAAUGCCAGAGGAAAAUCAAACUGAAAAUGGCUUACACCCAGUUGUAGAGGAAGGUUCUCUGAAAUCCAUCAGGUUUCAACAUGUUUUAUGGGUGCAGUCAAGUGUCUGGCUCAAGUGCAUGUAUGGGCAUAUCCAGCAGAGAGAUCUCAGAGGCACACGAUUUCUGAAAAGUUAGGAGAGAUCUAGCCAAGUAGAAAGUUCCAUGGUUACGUUAAAUGAGAUUGUUUACAAAAGCCUCACUUGUGAAGUUAUGGACCAAACAGUAGUUUACCCAGACAUAGCCAGUUCAGUUCACUGUAUAAAGAAUUUGCAUUAUUUAAUGUCAUUAUUCACACAGAACAUUCACAGUAUUAAAAUUACAGAUGUUAUAUUUGUUAACUGUGUUGCAGUCGUGCUAUAAAAGUAUAUGGGGUCUUCACUCGAAUGCAUGUUAUCACUUGAAGUUUAAAGCAUCAGAGAGUAGUUACUUGACUUUUUAUUUUGAAUCAAAGUUAUAUGAGGAAUUCCUGUGGAGCGUGACUUUCUCAGUCAUAUUGACUGGCCUUAACACAUUACAGCUGUUUCUACUUCUUUCUUAAUUAUUAAAAUAUUUGUUUGUGUCUUUUGUUUAUAUGUUAAGCGCUAUAAUUUUUUUUUUUUUCUGCAGCUGUACUUUUGGCCUCUAAUGGUCAUGCCCUAUUUUUAAUGUUACAGAAAUCAUUGUACAUUUCAUUUUCUCUUGUUCAUA